AUGGUCAGCCUAAUCCCGAGUUUCAUUGGAUACAAUGGCUCAUCAAGUGACAAGUACAUAUCGCCGACGAUACGUUCGAGUGAUGCGAUUUCCGACGGGUCAUUGAAAUUGCACCAAGCAAAUACGACAACUUUAAACUCUUCGCGAAACCAAUUGUCGAAACGAUUCGUUGAACCUAUUGGCUUAGAAGUGAAAGAAGCAAAUUAUAAGAUUAAUGUUCCCGAUUUUGCCAGCUUGCCGCCAUUACAAUUAGGGUCCAAACUUAUCUCCAAUAUAAACAAGAUUGAUUCAAGCAUUCCUCAUGACAUCUUCUAUUCGGAGGGUGUCAGCAAAACAGAGUCAAGUUUAGACAAUUACUACUUUGAUUAUGAAAAUGGAUUGAAAGAUUUUUCCCGUUUCGAAAAGAUUGAGCAGAUUGAUUUGCCUGAUAAAUUUUUCGAGCAACACAAUCAGACUGAAUGUACCACUAGAAUUGGUUUAUUCCCUGAAAUUGAACGCACGUGGAUUGCUGUUGAUAAUAAGUUGAUGUUAUGGAACUACAGAAUUCCUCAAUCAUCAUUCAACAAGUCAUCUCAAUUUCUCACAAUUGAUCAAAUUCAAAAUUCCGUGUUGAAUGUCAGAUUGGUUAAACCAAAAGAAGGGGUGUUUUCAAAAGAGAUUACCCAUUUAUUACUUGUUUCAACUACUACAAAUAUUCAAAUCUUCUUGGUCAAAUAUGACAAGGGCCUUAACAAUUUGGAGAUUUUGAAUCUUGACCUUUCCGUUUCUACCCAUGGUUUGGCUGUUGACAGCUUUACAGUACAUCCCAAAACUGGAGACAUAUUUUUCAGCGGAGAAACUGAUGGGGUUAACAUUUGGAGGUUAGACUACUCAAAUAAGUCAACUUUUACCAAAAACAGGUGUGACAAAGUGUGCUUGACCAAGGCAGGAUUUACAAGUGUCAUUCCGUUUCUGGGAUUUGGCUUUGCAUCUGGGGCAUCUAUCACCGCAGACUCGUCGGCAAAAAAUAUACCGGAGAGGGUUGUUCAAUUGGAGAUAGAUGGAAAUAGAGAUAUAUUGUACUCGCUUUCAAACAAAUCGGUCAUUCGUGUCUACAAGCUUCAACCAAAACAAGACCACCUCACGGAAGGUAGCACAUUAACUCCUAGUCAAAUUUUCAAAUCUGCAUCUGCAAUUUUUGUCGAUGCAAGCAACUUCAAAGUAUUCGAACGUUUCAAAAUUAUUAGCAUUCACAGUAUUUCACCAGAGGAGUCAUCUACGGUGCAGUUAAUUGCAACUACAAGCAAUGGAUCACGGAUUUUGCUUAAAUUGGGGUCAACAACAACAUUUUCAACUUUACUCACUUCUUCGUUAUCAGCAGCACAGGCUUUAAAGCUCAAUCUCGUCAACAUUAAAUUUCCUCCGGCAAGAGAAGUUCCCACUAUUAAUAACGAGCUUGAUGCGUUUACUAGAGAUAGACAGUACAUCUCCCAAGUGAUUGCAAACCAACAAAAAUCCCAGCUUCUCAAAAACACAAAAAUUGCUAAAAUUAUCAGUCCAGGAGUGUUCCUUUGUGUGAAAAAGACUAAAAGAUCGGACAAAUUGUUUGUCGCCACUGCUAAUUUUGGCUAUCUUAAGAAAAACAAUAAGCUUGUUGAAGAUGCCGAGUUUGUGAAAUAUACAUCUAAUGAGGACGCACCCUAUACAUAUAUUCAUGAUGUUGUCCAACUAACCCCAUCAAUGAAUGCUACAAAUACACCAAAUGGAUAUGCCAAUGUAGCUGCCAGUCAGUAUACUAAAGAACCAUUGAGGUUUGCUGUGUUGACCAACUUUGGGCUUAUUGUUUAUCAAUUCAAGACAUCGGACCAAAUAUUAAGAUCCUUGACUGAUGAAGUCAUUGAAAACUUUAUUGAAGAAAAUGGAUACGAAGAAACAUGUUCGACUUUGUUGUACUUAGCCUGCUCAUAUGGGCAGUACAGCUCGAACGAUAUUUUCCAAAGGAAGGCUCAGGUUUUGUUUUCGACUUGUGGAAACAAUUCCAGGUUGACUGAAACCAGGUCAGUAUCUCAACCGCACAACUUGAUCCCCCACCAUGCACUGCUGCAGAAUUAUACCCCACACCCUACCGUGGACCAAGUAAUACUCAGUGACCGAUUAUACGGCACAUGUUUGCUAUUGGGAAGAUUCCUUCGUGAUAUAUGGGACAAAAAGGUAUUUGGUGCAUUGCUGAGUGUCAAAAUCACGCCUACAGGACUGAUCGAAAUUGCAAGUAUUAAGGAUAACAAGGUUGUUAUUGGAAGCUUGAAUAUUGACAAGAAGCAGAUCGAGUAUUUCAUUGGAACCAUUGUGGUAUUAAUUGACUUUUUUGUUCAAAAUGAAAGCAACAUCCAAGGUUUGAGUGCUCCAAAUUAUAGUUCUGAUCCAAAUCAAUUUGAAAACGAAGUAUGCUUGAGAGCUGAAAGUAUUGCCUUUACAUCAAUUUUUAAAUCCUUAACCUCGAUGAAAGAAGCAUUUUCUUUUCUUAUGGUUGUUUUGGAAGAGCUUCAAGGGAACCAAGAAAAUUUUAAUGCACUUUUUGAGUUUCUAUCACUCACAAACCAAGCUAAUCUUUUGACAAUUACUUUCAAGGACUUGUUGUUGCCAUCGAGGGAUGUUAAGGUGUUAAUCAAAGAUCUUUUAUCGUCCAUCAUAAACAGCAAUAUUAGCAGAGGUGGGUCGAUUGACUUGAUUGCAUCCUCCUUGCAAACACGAUGUGGAUCUUUUUGCUCCACAAACGACGUCUUCAUAUUCAAGGCUAUUGAGAAUCUUACUCGCGCCAAGAAGAUUGCCGCUCGGGAUACUGACCUAAAGUUGAGAUGUUUGAGAAACGCUGUUCUUUUGUUUGAAGAAGCUUACGAGACAUUAACAUUCGACCAUAUAACGAACGCGGUAGAAGUCAUGGUGGAUUUAGAGUAUUACUCCGGUGCCAUUGGAAUGUUGUUGAACAUCGCUAAAAAAUUGGGAAACAAUAUUAAACCUCCUAAUUUUGCAUACAAUCAGGUGAAUGAAAGCUUGGUCCAACGGGGACAUUUAGAAAUUGAGUCAAAGGUGAAGAGGAUUUACGAUACGGUAUUUUCUGUUUUACAAAAGAUUGAUGGGAAAGCGUUAAAGGUCGUGGAAUCAAAUAAUCAACUUCUUAUCAAUGCGUUUUUGGAAACCAGAGAUCUGGCUUAUGACACAUGUUUUACUUCGCAAAAUGAACAGUUCCAGUACGCAUUUUACGAUUGGUUCAUCGAUCAAGGAAUAAGCGAUAGAUUGUUGGAUGUCAAUACACCAUAUAUUUUGCCAUAUUUGGAAAAAAGAUCGGAAAGUAGUGUUGCUUUGAGCAACAUAUUAUGGUUGUACUAUGCAAAGAGAGAACGGUAUUACGAUGCUGCAAAGAUUUUGUACGCCUUAUCCAUUUCUCAAUUCAACCUUGAAUUAACUCAGCGGAUUGAGUACUUGUCGAGAGCAAAUGGAUUUUGUAAUUGCGUAUGUCCACCAAAUUUGAGACUGGAGAUGAUUCAACUUUCGUCAACUAUUCACGAACUUUUUGAUGUGGCAAAUCUACAAUUGAGUUUGCUCAGCAGAAUCGAAAGGGAUUCGAGAAUCAGUAAGGAAAAUAAAGAACAUGCCAUAGAUUCGUUAAAUCUUAAAAUUUUACCAAUAAGUGAUUUGUUCAAUACGUACGUUGACCCGUUAGGGUAUUACGAUUUGUCACUUUUAGUUUUUAAGAUCGCAGACUACAAAAACAGUGAUGAUAUUUUGAAAAGAUGGGAGUUGUUGUUUGACAAAUUGUUGCAUGAUUCCAAAAGUUCGAAAGAGCCAUUCUAUGUUCUAUUGAGUGACGAGUUCACCCUUUAUGGGCCCAAAUUGUCCUCUAAUGACAUCGUUUUUCCAAUCGAGGAACUUGUAAAGUUGGUGAAGAAAAGUCUUGAUAAAGCAAUUGAAGGUGAUGCUGUUACACAGAAGCCCGCAAAAGGAUAUUUGACUGACUUGUUUAUUAAAGCUGGUGUGAGUCCUGAACGGUUAGGGUAUAUUACGAAGAUUUCGGAGAACGAUGUUUGA